AUGAACGCGGCUGCUGAGAAACGGGACGGAGAACGCAGAAAGAAGGGCGUUUUCUUGUUCUUGCCUUCUCUCGACGAGCCGUUCCUGGAGGCCCAGCAAAACCUGUUCCUGUUGACCAGGACGUGGACCUGGAUGCCAGGCGUGAUGCCGCAGGCCCCGAGGCUCUCCCCUGCCUUCACGCACACCGGGCAGAGAGCCCGGGACUAUCUGCACAAGAGCGGGCGGUUCAUCGUCAUCGGUGGUAUCGUCUCGCCCGUACACGACUCCUAUGGCAAGACGCCAACGCUGUUGCCUUGCUGUGCUCCCCACAGGGUGGACCCCUGGGAGUGCUACCAGGACACCUGGCAGACCACCUGCAGCGUGCUGGAGCACCACCGCGACCUGAUGAAAAGAGUGACGGGCUGCAUCCUCUCCAAUGUGAACACCCCCUCCAUGACCCCGGUGAUCGGACAGCCCCAGAACGAGUCUCCACAGCCCAUCUACCAGAACAACAACACCGUUUCCAACAAGCCCACCGCAGCAAAGAUCUUAGGGAAGGUGGGAGAAAGCCUGAGUCGGAUUUGCUGUGUUCGCCCACCAAUGGAGCGCUUCACCUUUGUGGAUGAAAACGCGAACUUGGGGACAGUGAUGAGAUACGAGGAGAUUGAGCUUCGCAUCUUACUGCUGUGCGGCAGCGACCUGCUGGAGUCCUUCUGCAUCCCCGGUCUCUGGAACGAGGCUGACAUGGAGGUGAUUGUUGGGGAGUUCGGGAUCGUGGUAGUGCCACGGGACGGAGCAGACCCCGACCGGAUCAUGAACCAUUCCUCAAUACUCCGCAAGUACAAAAACAACAUCCUGGUGGUGAAAGACGACUCGAACCACCCAAUGUCGGUCGUCAGCUCAACCAAAAGCAGACUGGCCCUGCAGCACGGGGACGGACAUGUCGUGGAUUACCUAUGUCAGCCCGUCAUUGACUACAUCCUCAAGAGCCAGCUCUACAUCAACGCCUCUGGUUAAGAGCCAGGGGCCUCGCAGCAAGACAGCCCUGUUGUCCCACUUCCCUACAACUCUCCAUCACAUUCCUCUCUCUCUCUCUCUCUGUGUGUGUCCCUCUCUCUCAUGGCCUCCUGCCCGUGUCUGCCUCUCACUCCCGGCGCCAACGCUCCAUAGUGCAGGAAAGUCCAGGGAACGGCGGCACAGACCAAAGGGGAACGGUUUGGUCUCUUUGGGGUACUGCCUUCCCCCUCGUAUGCCAGGAGGGAGGCGACCAGUAAAAUAGAGAUGUGCUCAGUCUGCUUCAGGGGAGGCAGCUCCAACAUCCUCCCUCCCAGCAUGCCACUGGGAAACAGUCCCCCUGUCCAUCCUCCCAGCAUGCUCGAGAGCGGGGACGUUUCUUUUGCAUCAUCUUAUGGCACAUCAGCUCAAUAAAUCUAGGUAGAUCUUUUUACUAAUAGUUUUAGUGUGAGCCCCUUUGGCCUCUCGACUUGAUGACCCACCUCUAAACAAAUUGCGUUUGGUAGUGGGCAGGUCUAACACGAUUGGCUCAGCGCCCCAUGGCAGGCAGACCUCCUCAGGCCAGCAGUGGGACAACUUUGCUACUGACAUCCUUCCCCUGGCCUUGAAAAAUCACUGAGAUGGUGUUUUUGGAGGGGAACAGAGACUUUAGCAAGCUUUUCUGCCAAAGAUGUAUUUAGUGGGGCAGGAACACCACGCCUCAUCUUUCCUUGGCUGCAAAUAAAUCCACUCACCCCAAGAUAUCCCCUAGACAAGCAGAGCUGAGGUGAUGCUCUAACUCCAGCCUCCCAUCAGAGGGGCAGCCCCCAGCACCUAGAAAGGGACCCGCCGUUGACUAGGCCAAGAAGCAAGGGAGGAAGAAAAGGGAGUAAACAAAGGGAGUAAGUAACCAGUGACCCAAAGCCACUGCCCAGAAUCGCCCCCAAGCCUGACUAUGAGUUUUGUAGGGGCUGGGUCCAUCCUGUAGCAUCGUCCCAUGGCAACGGAUGCGGCAGGGACAGGAGAUGCUGAUGGCUCUGGCACAUCGGGGCUGAACUCCAGUAAGUCAGCGCAUUUUGUUUCUGCACCUCAGGCUAUCCCUCGGGCGUGACUAGGGGGAAAAGGCGGCAGAUCAUAGCGAUAGCUCAGCCGUAAUUGAAGAAAGUCACAGGGCUACGGACGCAGCUGGAGCUUACUGAACUUACUACCCUGCGGGCACUGGCACGGUAGAGCACAGAGCUCAGGAGAAGUCUGCUGCUCCAAAAGACAUAAGCUGCUCCUUUCUAAUCCCAUCCCAGGAAAGACGUCCCAGCAUCUUCCUCCUUCUUGCCUCCAGAUCUUCAUUUUAUCUGUAAACUUCCCCCUUUGCCCUUCGUUCCUCCUAUCUUCCUGUCCUUAAAGAGUUCAUUAAAUGCAUGAUAUUUUCCCCCUCCCAAAUUGGCUUUGGAAACUUCAAACCUCCCUUGGGACAAACCAAUCUCCUGCUUUCCUGUCUAUAACCCAUGGGGCGAAAUGCCAGGAAAGGCGCCUAGUGGAGAAGUUUGCAUUAAAACCAGGGCAGGUAACAUGUUGCAAUAGAAAAUUGUGUUCAAGUCUUGCGCAGACCAGGGUUAUUGAAGUGGGCUGUUGCACUUGCUGUGUAUCUCUAGAGCGCAAGGACCUACAGUCCCCUGCUUAUCCUGACAACACAGCCUCUUGGAAAGAUCAUAGCUGAAAGGAGGAAGGUACAGUCCUGCUUUACUCUUCACCUUUUCCUAUCCCUUUGCUCCUUCUAACCUUGUAUAUCUCUUUGGGAUUAGCCCUCCUGUCUAUACCUCCUUGACAUCUGCCCAUUCUCCAUAAACUUGGACUAACUAGGUUUAGGGUAGCCCCAUCACAGCCCUGUCCCAAAGCAUAACUGCUGUCCGCAUUGGCUUGGUGGCUUUUCGGCUUUCCCAGUGAAGUGCUGUGACUGGCCAGUGCCAAGGGACAGUGCUGUACUCACACCCCUGAAGGCUGAGCGUCCUCCAGGGUGUUCCAAGAGAAGACCUUAAGUUACAUCAGUUUUUUUCUUUUUUCCCCUCUGAAGUCUAGAGAGGGUCACAAACUGCUCUAAUGGAAGCUUCAAAGACAAGACAUUGCACUAAAUUUGAUGACCUGCUGAAUACAGCUGCCCUGUGUGCUGUGAAUUUGUUACAGCCCGCUCCAGUAAAGGCAGCAAGCAUCUCUGUAACAGCAAACACUACUUCAGGAAAGACAACCUAACCCACACGCAUAAAUUCCUUGCGGUGUGCGGGGCCUUACAAGCAGUAGCUAACAGCUCCUCCGAGGAGGUUAUUGCCACUUCCCAGAAGGGAAAGCGUGAGACACACUACGGAAGGGACUUGCCCAAAGCAAAGCAUUUGAUUUGCUGCGAAGCAGAGCAUUUGCCCAUAGCUGCCCCAUACGGAAAGGCCAGGGGCUUUUCCCGGCUGCUGCCCAUAGCCUUUACUUGCUGGGGAUUUCCCUUGGCAUGGAGGGACUAGUUCAGAAACUGCUGUGGUCAUUUCAUGAAGGGCAAUUUUGGCAGCUUGCCCAAACCAAGCUGAAUCCCGCAGCUCCAGCUCUGAUAUCUCCCAGCAGCUGUAAAUAUAUCUGGAGGGGUGAGGAAAUACAGAGACACCAAACCAGACAGGGUGUCGAGAGAGUAUAGAAUCGGUGUGCAGGGACACCUCUUCUCCAGGGAUGUCUUCAGUGAGUACAAGCGGCUAACUAACAUCCCACUGAGCCCCCUUAGCUAACACAGCGGGCAGGUGCCCACAGCGGGACAACAUCUCUCAUCUGUACAACACUCAGCAUAUGUAAGCCAGUAGCUAGACUCCUCUAAAUCCGUUGUUCUUACUGUCCUGUGCGUUCAGUUUUUCAGUCUUUCCUCUCCAUCUCAACACAGAAGUUAUCUCAGACAACAGCCUCAUCUCCUUGCCAGAAGUCACCCAUGUUUCUUAGCUCCAAGCUGGAGGAGAGAAAGCAAUGUUAGAAACCAACCUCCAACACACACAAAGGGAUUUUAACCUUACGGAGGAGUGAAUCAUCUUUGAAGAGGGAGGAAGGAGAGUGGAUUUUAACUGAGGAAAAAACAAAAAGGAAAAAAAAAAAAAAAAGAGACUAAAGAGGAAUGAAGGCAGCAUGUCUAAGAAUUUGAAAGAGCUCAGACCCCACCCCCCGCCUCCCUCAGG